UAAUCCAUGUUAAAUUCAGACUGUAACACAACACAAUGUUUUAACGGUUCAGGUGAAUACAGUCUGACUACAACCUGGAGUCAGACUAGAGAUGGACACAAUCACAUAUGGAUUGGAUCAAUGAUAAGUAGGCAUUUAAAUUGGGUAAGAGGUCAGUUAUGUGACAGGUGUGUUUUACCAGAACUCACUAGUGUUAUUGCCCAUGUAGUGGGUGAAUCCCAAAUGGCAUCCUAUUCCCUACAAUAGUCUACUAUGUCGACCAGAGCCCCGAGGACCCUGGGCAAAACUAGUGCAAUUUGGGAGGCACCACUAUCUGUUUGUAAAUCAUCUACCUGGGCUAUAGCAGGACGUCUAUACUAUCAGGUGGACUUUGAACCCGGAAACGUUCAAAGUAUUGCCUAUAUGUUGCAGUUUGCAGUCCCCUGCAGAGCGUUGUUAGUGUUGCAUGGACUCUAUAGCACCGACACAAUGUAUUCCCUCUCUCCUUGGGGACACCUCUCGUUUCUAAGUCUGGUGUCAUUUCUCCUUCUCCUUCCUGCACCGUCCUGCCAUGGAGGAAAAGUCCUGGUCUUUCCUGUCGAUGGAAGCCACUGGAUCAACAUGAAGGUACUGAUCGAGGAGCUCCAUGCCAGAGGCCACACCAUCACAGUGGUCAGACCCUCCACCAGCUGGUACAUCACAGAGAAGUCACCUCUAUACACCUCUAUCACCAUCAAGGAGAAAGAUAACUUAUACAGCUACAUCGAAACCUUCCUACAGAAUCAACUGAAGGCUCAGAGAGAGGGGAUAUCUUUGCUGAAGUUCUUCCAACUAACCAAGGAGUUCCUCAGUAUGAUAGAAGAAGCCCACAUCCUGGGCUGCGAGAUGCUGGCUCGCAUAUUCGACGACAAGGAGCUGAUGAAGAGUCUCCAGGACGCUCAGUAUGACAUGAUGCUCACCGACCCUAACCUCGCUGGAGGGCUGCUGAUGGCCCACUACCUCAAACUGCCUGUGGUGCUCAACGCCCGUUGGAUCACCAGCGGGGAGGGCCAUUCUGCCAUCGCCCCCUCUCCCCUGUCCUACAUCCCGAUCACAGGGUCUGGAUUCACUGACAAGAUGACCUUCGUCCAACGGGUCCAAAACAUGCUGCACUACAGCAUCAUCGUGUAUCAGCAGAGGUUCGUAGUUGGGCCGAUUUAUGACGCAAUUUGCGCCAAGUACUUCGAAGGGGGCUGUGACAUCAUCUCCUUGAUCCAGGAAGCUGACAUCUGGCUGAUGAGGUCUGACUUUGUGUUUGACUUCCCCCGUCCCACCAUGCCCAACGUCGUCUACAUGGGGGGAUUCCAGUGCAAGCCGGCCCAGCCCCUGCCUCAAGACCUGGAGGAGUUUGUCCAGAGUGCCGGGGAGCAUGGGGUGAUCAUCAUGUCUCUGGGGACUCUUGUCAAUGCACUUCCUGUUGAUAUCACAGACCAGAUCGCCAGCGUGUUCGCCAAGCUGCCUCAGAAGGUGAUCUGGAGGCACCGGGGCAAGAGGCCCUCCACUCUGGGCAACAACACUCUUCUGGUGGACUGGAUGCCCCAGAAAGACCUCCUGGGUCACCCCCAGACCAGAGCCUUUGUGGCCCACGGAGGAACCAACGGGGUCCAGGAGGCCAUCUACCACGGCACCCCAGUGCUGGGGAUACCCCUGUUCUUUGACCAGUAUGACAAUCUUCUGCGUCUGCAGGAGAGAGGCGCUGCCAAGAUCCUGGAGCUGGCCAUGUUCAACGGACCCAGUUUCCAGCAGGCUCUGAACCAGGUGCUCACCCACGCCCCCUACAGGGAGAACAUGCAGAGGCUGUCCCGCCUGCACAUGGACCAGCCCAUCAAGCCCAUGGACAAGGCCCUCUUCUGGUUGGAGUUUGUGAUGCGACACAAGGGGGCGUCUCACCUCCGUACGUCGGCCAACAGGAUGCCCUGGUACUCUUACUACUCUGUGGACGUGCUGCUACUGCUGCUGGCUGCUGGGGGAGGAGUCUUGCUCUUUACUGGACUCCUGAUCAGGAUCCUCUGGAGAACCUGCCGGAAGAACAGGAACAAAACCAAACAACACUGACACCAGUUGUAGAAUCGCAUAAUGCAAACCAAGACUGUUCUCAGGGCAGACCUGCUUAAAGCUAGAUAUAUUGCGUACGGGACAGUUCUACCAUUUUCCUUAAUGUAGUUCUCCUUACACCCACAGUGCCUUCAGAAAGUAUUCAUAUCCCUUGACUUGUUCAACAUGUUGAUGUGUUACAACCUGAAUUUAAAAUUGAUUUAAAAAAAAAUGUAAGCUGACAUGUCUUUAGUCAAUAAUUUUUCAACCACUUUGUUAUGGCAAGCCUAAAUAUGUUAAUGAGUAAAAACGUGCUUAACCAAGUCA